UAAGGGGGCGAGUUGAGAUGUGAAUGGUGGUGUGAGGUGCCGGUGGCUGCCAGUGCCUGACUUGACUCCACCGUGUUGGGGUGUACACUGCCUCUCUCUCUCAUCUCAAACGCCCACAGCUGCUACUUUCUUCAUAUCACCUACACACUCAAACCUGUGGUGAAAAAAAUGCCUUGUCCAUUCAUGUCGCGCCUGUCAACACAAUUUGUGCGUCACUACAGCUCCUCCCUGGUGCGACAGUAUGGGGAGAUGUGCCCUGUAAUGAGCUCUAUGGGCCGCUCCAGAUCCUUCAACACCCUCUCCUCCAACAAGGACCCCGCAGAAGGAGAGAAGACCUGCCCCUUUUUGAAUGGCAAGAAUCUGGUGAAGCAAGCUAGCCGAGAAGUACAAGAGGAUGUCAUUGAUCUUUCUGCUAGAGAGCAAGGCCCUGCUGGACUUGAAGUCAAACCCAAAGAUACGGCCAAAUGCCCCUUUUUAGCUUCUCAGGCAGUCCCUGAUAAGAAAGCUAAAGAGUUGAAUUCAUUUCCAUACAACGAAUUUUUUAAGGAGCAAAUUGCCCAGAAAAAAGCUGACCAUUCCUACCGCGUGUUCAAGAAGGUUGCUCGAAUCGCUGACCACUUUCCAAAAGCCAAGGAGUAUUCAUGGGGAGAGAGAGAGAUCACUGUAUGGUGUUCCAAUGAUUAUUUAGGAAUGUCACGACAUGAAGGUGUGCGUGCUGCAGUGCGCACAUCCUUAGAUAAGCACGGUGCAGGAGCUGGUGGUACCAGGAACAUUUCUGGCAACACUGUACUUCAUGAGACUUUAGAAGCCAAGUUAGCAUCAAUCCAUCAGAAGGAUGCAGCUUUGCUCUUUACUUCUUGCUAUGUUGCUAAUGACUCUACACUAUAUACUUUAGCUAAGGCUUUACCAGGUUGCCACAUCUUCUCAGAUGAAGGAAAUCAUGCCUCGAUGAUUCAGGGAAUUCGUAACUCUGGUGUCCCAAAGCACAUUUUCUCUCAUAAUGAUCCAAAACACCUCGAAGAACAACUGAAAUCAGUUGAUGUAUCUAUUCCAAAGAUCGUGGCCUUUGAAACUGUUCAUUCCAUGACAGGAGCUGUGUGCCCAUUAAAUGAGUUAUGUGAUGUGGCUCACAAGUAUGGAGCAAUAACAUAUGUUGAUGAGGUUCAUGCAGUGGGCCUCUAUGGUGAGAGUGGAGCUGGCAUAGCAGACAGAGAUGGUUUACACUACAAGAUUGACAUUGUCUCUGGAACUCUAGGUAAAGCCUUUGGCAACAUUGGUGGUUACAUAGCAGGAAGUGGGUCCCUAGUGGACAUGAUAAGAAGUUAUGCUGCUGGGUUUAUUUUCACAACUUCUCUGCCUCCAACUGUUGUUUCCGGGGCAUUGGCUGCUGUUAAUAUUCUGAGCGGCCCUGAGGGAUGUAUGAUGCGUGCAAAACACCAGAAGGCUGUUCGUUAUCUGCGAGAUUCACUCAUGAAUAAUGGCUUACCAGUUGAACAUUGUCCAUCCCAUAUAAUCCCUAUUCAUGUGGGAGACCCUUUACAGUGUACAAAAAUAUCGGAUGAGCUAAUUCGUAAUUAUGGUCAUUAUGUGCAAGCUAUAAAUUACCCAACGGUGCCCAGAGGUCAAGAGAAGCUUCGUAUAGCUCCUACUCCCCAACAUACACCAGAAAUGAUGGAUUCUUUUGUUUCUGACCUAACAACUGUCUGGAAACUCCUUGGAUUGCCAUUGAGGAAUAGCAACUGUUCUGAUGAAUGCACUUUCUGCAAGAAGCCACUUCUCUUCAAUGCAUUAGAAGCUAGAGAGCGAUGUAGCACAGCCUGUGACAAACCAUACUGUCCCCAGUUGGCUGAAUGCUUCUAACAGUAAUAGAAACAAAUAAAUAGAUUGUUGUAAACACUUUAGUCUCGUCAGGAAAUGUAUUGGAUAACUUGUAGUCACUGUCAAAGUUUAGUAUGUUAUGGUUGUAAAUUCAUAAAAAAAAUGCUAUGUAACAAGGUGUUUUUUUCUUUUUCACUGUGUGUAGACCUCUUAAACAGUAUAAUGUAUUAGCAAUACAAUUAAUUUAAAAAAAAAAAUUUAAUUAGCAUUACAUGGAAUUUAUUAAUGCUAAAUUAAUUGACACUUCCCUUGCCACUUUUUAAUUACUGUAUGUAAUAAUAUUUUUAAUGCUACAAGAAAUUUUAUAACAAAUUUAUAUUAACCAAAAUCCUGUGGGUUACAUUUAAAUGUGUACUAUUAGUUGAGGGCGAGUGUUCAACAAGUUUAGUAAAAAAUAAGAUUUAAGAGGCUUAAAAAUUGUGAAGCUAGAAGCUGAAUUUGCAUAAUAUACAGUGGUAAUUAAUUUUUCAACGAGGAAGAAAUGGCUGCAUUUGAAAGAAAAUUAUGCUGAUUAUAUGGUGGUAACAGAUUAAAAUAUGUUAUUGUUAUAUAAAAAGGCCUUGAGAUUUGCACUUUUGUCUUAACCAGAUACAGCAUAUGCAUUUUGUUUAUAGCAUUUUAAUUCAAUAUAUUAAAUUUUGUCAUGACAAAUAUAAGUAAAAUCACUAGUAUAGCACUUAAUGUUCAUCAGCAUUAUGUUUGUAGAAGUUGAAGAAAGUGUGUCGUUUCUUUAUACUACAGAUAUUUUUUAUGCUUGAAAUCUAUAAAGCCAUAUAUUUUUGUUUCCAACAAAAUGGCCAUAUCCCACUGAGGUAGGGUGACCUAAAAAGAAAAACAAAAGUCUCUCUUUAAUUUUAGUAAUGUAUACAGGAGAAGGGUUACUAGCCCCUUGCUCCCGGCAUUUUAGUUGCCUCUGACGAUACGCAUGGCUUAUGGAGGAAGAAUUCUGUUCCACUUCCCCAUGGGGAUAAGCAGAAAUAAACAAGAACAAGGACUAGUAAGAAAACAGAAGAAAACCCAGAGGGGUGUGUGUAUAUAUAUGCUUGUACAUGCAUGUGUAGUGUGACCUUAGUGUAAGUAGAAGUAGCAAGAUGUACCUGAAACCUUGCAUGUUUCUUCUUCUUUCAACAAACCGGCUAUAUCCCACCAAAAUCUUACAUCUUUAUGAGAGAGAAAAAAGACACCAGCAGUCCUACCAUCAUGUAAAACAAUUACAGGUUUCCAUUUCACACUCACUUGGCAGGACGGUAGUACCUCACUGGGCAGUUGCUGUCUACAACCUACUACCUCCCCAUAUAAUUUUAUUCCUCAUAAUUUUGUUCUUGUACAAUAUAUAACAGAAAAUGGUUGUUUUUAUUUUCUUUAACAUGUCGGCCAUUUCCAACUGAGGCAGGGUAACCCAACAAGAAAGAAAAAAAUCUCAAAAGAAAGAAAAACUUUCAUCAUUCAACACUUUCACCAUCACUCAUACAUAAUCACUGUCUUUGCAGAGGCUCUCAGAUAUAACAAUUUAGAUGUCCCUCCAAACUGCCAAUAUCCCAAACCCCUCCUUUAAAGUGCAGGCAUUGUACUUCCCACUUCCAGGACUCGGGUUCGGCUAACCGGUUUCCCUGAAUCCCUGCACAAAAUAUUACCCUGCUCACACCCCAACAGCUUGUUAGUUCCCAAAAACCACUCAUCUCCAUUCACUCCUAUCUAACAUGCUCAGACACACUUGCUGGAAGUCCAAGCCCCUCGCCCAGAAAACCUCCUUUGCCCCCCUCCCUCCAGACUUUUCGAGGACGACCCCUACCCCACCUUCCUUUCCCUACAGAUUUAUAUGCUGUCCAAGUCAUUCUACCUUCUUCCAUUCUCUCUAAAUGACCAAACCACCUCAACAACCCCUCUUCAGCCCUCUGACUAAUACUUUUACUAAUUCCACACCUAAUUUCCACAUGGUUAUGUGAUAUUUUAAUUGCACUGUAUGAUACACAGCUUUGAUAAUUUGGUACAGCAUUUUCACACGAGAUAUAUUCAGGAAUAGGAUAUCACAUAUUUUUGUCACAAUGCAAUCUGCUAUACUGAAACAUACAGUGCAUUAAAUUAUAUCAUCUGUAUAUGAAUUUUCAUAUGCUUAGUAUAAUUUUGAAAUCCUUUCAUAUGCAGCCAGUGGUACAAAGUAGCCUUGCACAAUGAUAUACAAUAUAAUGUAGAAAAGUAUAUGCAAUACAGUAUAUAUAAAACCAGUUGGCUUACUGUUUUAUAUUUCCACUCCAGUACAGCUUAAAUCAUUGAGUAAAGCCUUCAUAUACUGUAUGUUAUAUAUUUAAAAAUAGUGCAACAAAAAAAAAAAUCUUCCUUCUUACAAUGCUAGUAAACAAUAUUGUUUUAAAAAAUUACAGUAACAAUGCUUUGUAGUUCACCAGUAAAUAUUUUGAGAUAAAAUUUUUUCUUGUAAAUUAUUGACUUAGUUAUUCAUGAUCUUUGCAUGUAAUCAUUUUAUUAUUGCUCCUUUUUUUCUUGGUAAACUGUCAUAAAUUUGACAUCAGUCUACUAUACCUAUUAUGUUAUUAGUUCUUAUUGCUUCUUAAUGUUUAGUAGUAGAAUGAUUUCUGCUUUGUGAAAUCCACCUCCUAGAGAGAGAGAGAGAGAGGAAAAAGGGACUACUAUCAGCCUUGCUCUAAGGCAGCUUCCAUUGGUAGUGCUGCAGUGGGAAUUGGAUCAUUGUAGAAUAAAUGCAAAUUUCUUUUAAUAUUGUACACUAAAGUUACACUUAUUUAUUUGCAAGAAAGAUCUGAUAUUAACAAUGCUAAGCCUCACAAAUGAUCGCAAAAAAUACAUUAAAAUUACAAAACAUGUUUAAUGUUUACCUAACAAAAAUAUUAUUUGAGCUAGCUCCAAGACAUUGUGGGAUAUACCAAAAGAACCUGCCUUUGUUUCAAGCAAUCUGAGCCACUGCUUUGAUCUGAAAAUACUAAUGCAUCACAGCAUUUCCCUACACAGUAGAUCAAAGAUUGGAGUCAGUGUGAUAAAUCAGGUGAUUAGCAAGAGCAUAACCUGCUCAUAUAUCACACCUAGUGUGAGUUCAUUAAGACUUAAAAAAAUUAUCUACCUUUUUUUUAGGCAGUGAGUUAACAUUACCACAGAAAUUUUUAUGUUUACAUGUAUAAAGUGCAUAGUAUCUCUUAAAAUAACUGUCAAGAUAUUUCUAAAACUUAAUUAUUAUUAAUAUAUUAAGCAGUACAGUCUGAUUACAAAGCUAAAUUUAUCCCAUAAAUUUACCAUGUUAUAAAAUAAUAUCAAAAAGUAUUGCAACA